AUGUUGCGUCAAGGGAUACUUGGUAUACGAAGAUACAACACUUUCAGAUUACAGUCGCUUUCUGUGGCAAGGAAACGGCCUGCUGUACAUACUCAUCAUGAAGUUGAUCAUGAAUCAUCGGAUACACAUAAAGCACAGGAAGAACUAGAUAGCAUCUGGAAUGGUCUUUCAAGAAUGAUAUACACUCGGAAUUUAACGAUGUAUAAUUGUUUCGUUUUGUUUCAGUAUUGUGGGAAAUCGGCUGAUGGUUCAUUAGACGAAAGUGAUGUCUCCAGAUUGUACCAUACGUUACGGAGGAAUUACAGGACAAGCAAUGUGAUAUAUACGGGUAGUUUUAACCAAUCGGUAUUCAACAAUUGUUUUAAGGACGCCAUAUUACCGGAAAAUACCAAUGAUUCCUUACUCCUGUCCCAGUUUCUGCAGGUACAGCAACCCUCUGUUAUUUCAAAGAUAAUGUCAAUAGCAGAGAAGCGUCAUUAUACACCUUCAGUUGUAGGAGUUAAGGUAUCUCAAAAGUCAUCUCUAAUCCCAUUGAAAGAAUUGAAGCCUCUUUUACAGGAAUUCUCUACUAUGUAUGAGGAUUUCACUUAUGAUAACUUGAUGAAGAUAGCUGCUGCUAGCAAACACAAGACUAAUCAUGGAAAGCUUCGUUACUUAUUAAAGACUUUUGCUAAAUUCGGUAUCACCGAACCCAAGAUUACUCAAGACACUACCGAUUCCAAUGAUACCUGGUUUAUACUAUCUAAAUGA